AAUAAACAAUUUUCGCUUCCCUUCCUCCGUAUAGGUCGUCGCGUUCUUGUUGCGAUAAGCCUCGUAAGCGAUAAGUCCAGCCGAAGAAUCGGUCCAUUUCGAACCCUUUUUACUUUAGUUUAACGUAGAGAUGGCUUGCACUCGGCCAUUCGGUGAUACGCAACAGAUUAUUACACGAUUCGCGUUAGUUUUAAGCCUGUUGAGCUGUUGGGUGGCUUGGGCUCAAGCCGGGAUUGCCGAUAAUCGAAUCGAUCGAUUCGGUAAGGAUAGUAAUGGUGUUUGCCAGUUACCUGAUGCGUUAGUAGCAGAAAUCCGUGGUUAUCAACCGAUCGUGAACAAGAUCGUCGAUAAGAUCGUGAACGGUGAGUUUGCGGGUCAAACGUGGGAUGACCUGGCGGAGCUGGUUGAUACCUUCGGCUCUCGGAUUGCCGGUAGUGAGCAGCUGGAGAAAGCCAUUGAUUAUGUGGUGGAACGGAUGAAGGCCGAUGGGCUGGAGAACGUGCACACGGAGAACGCAUCCGUACCGCACUGGGUACGGGGGUAUGAGAAUGCCGAGCUUGUUAAACCGUUCCACAAGGGCCUUCCACUGCUGGGUCUCGGUAGCACCGUUGGAACACCCCGUGGAGGUAUCAUUGCCGAGGUUCUGGCCGUGGAAUCGUUCAAAGAGUUUGAAACCAUUCCGCCGGAGCAGGUGAAGGGCAAAAUCGUGGUGUUCGCGCCGAAAUGGGAGAGCUAUGGGCGUACGGUGGUUUACAGAAGCCAAGCUGCCUCCGUUGCGGCGCGAAAGGGAGCCGUGGCUGCGUUGGUAAGAUCAAUAACCCCGUUCUCGAUCGGAUCGCCGCACACUGGGCAGCAGCAUUAUCAAGAGGAUGUUAAGAAGAUUCCCGUUGCCUGUAUCACUGUGGAAGAUGCGAUGAUGCUCCUGCGAAAGUACCGACGUGGCGAUAAGAUGGAGAUUCAUCUGGAGAUGGCAGACAGACCCAUGGAACCGGUAAUCUCGAGGAAUACGAUUGGUGAGCUGUUGGGGACGACCUACACCAACACCUCGGUGGUAGUUGUUUCCGGUCAUCUCGACAGCUGGGACGUCGGUGUGGGUGCUAUGGACGAUGGAGGUGGUGCAUUGAUAUCCUGGAAAGCCAUCAGCUUCCUGAAGGCGAUGGGAUUGCGCCCAAGGCGUACGAUUCGAGCUAUCCUCUGGACGGGAGAAGAAGAGGGCCUUUACGGUGGAGCCGCGUAUAAGGAGGGCCAUAAGGCGCAGGAAGAGAAGGAAUUUAAUUUCUUCUUCGAAUCGGACAUCGGAACCUUUGAGCCACGAGGACUGGAUUUCGUUGGCAACACUGAUGCGGAGUGCAUCUUCAGAGAGAUCGUCAAGCUAAUGUCUCCUCUGAAUGCAACCGAGUUCGCUACCCCAACUGACGGAGGGCCGGAUAUAAGCCACUGGACGACGCGUGGCUUCCCGGGGGCUUCAUUGUUGAACAAAAACGAAAAAUAUUUUUGGUUCCAUCAUUCGGCCGGUGAUACGAUGGAGGUAGAGGAUCGGAAAAGUCUGGAUAAAUGUGCGGCCCUGUGGGCAGCUGCAGCAUACGUUGUGGCCGAUUUAAGCGUAAACAUUCCGAAAGAAUUGCAACCGUAGGCUUUUCAUUUCUCUUUAAAUAAAGUUAAAUCGAUUUUCUUGA